ACACACACACACACACACACGAUGAUGAGCUCUGGUGCUUUAAGGGGAUCGACAGGAGGGUGCCUGCCCCUUUAAGCGGUCACGUGUGUGGCGGCGGGCCGGGAGCGGAGAGCGGGCGGAGAUGAGUUUCCUGGGCGGCCUGUUUACUCCGGUGUGUGACAUUGACAUCGUUCUCAAUGACGCUGACAUCAGGAAAACAGCAGAGAUCAAGAGUGACGAUGGCAAAGUCGAGAAACAUUACCUGUUUUACGACGGAGAGUCCGUCACAGGGAAGGUAAACCUGACCUUUAAACAGCCGGGGAAACGCUUGGAGCACAAAGGAAUUCGGAUCGAGUUUGUUGGACAAAUUGAGCUGUUUAGCGAUAAGAGUAACACGCAUGAGUUUGUGAACUUGGUGAAGGAGCUGGCCUUGCCCGGAGAGUUGACACAGAGCAGGACCUACGACUUUGAAUUCAUGCAAGUGGAAAAGCCGUACGAAUCGUAUAUCGGGGCCAAUGUCAGACUAAGAUACUUUUUGAAAGUGACAAUGGUCCGGAGUCUGAGUGAUCUGGUGAAGGAAUAUGACCUGAUCGUGCACCAGCUUGCCACCUACCCAGAUGUCAACAACUCCAUUAAAAUGGAGGUCGGCAUUGAGGACUGCUUACACAUAGAGUUUGAAUACAACAAGUCAAAAUACCACCUGAAGGAUGUGAUCGUCGGUAAGAUCUACUUCUUGUUGGUGAGAAUCAAAAUCCAGCACAUGGAACUUCAGAUGAUCAAAAAAGAGAUUACUGGUAUUGGGCCCAGUACCACCACUGAGACAGAAACUAUUGCCAAAUAUGAAAUAAUGGAUGGAGCCCCUGUUAAAGGCGAAUCCAUUCCAAUCAGACUCUUCUUGGCCGGAUACGAUCUAACGCCAACAAUGAGAGAUGUUAACAAGAAGUUCUCCGUACGUUACUUCCUAAAUUUAGUCCUGGUUGACGAAGAAGACCGGAGGUACUUCAAACAGCAGGAGAUUGUACUAUGGAGGAAAGCUCCCGACAAGCUACGGAAAAGAACUAACUUCCAUCAGCGCCUGGAGUCUCCAGAACCACAGGCCUCCGCGCAGCAACCUGAGAUAUGAGCAAAGAAAAAAAAAAACCCCGCCAAAAUCGACAUGUAUGGUUACUGUGUCCCCCAACCUUCUCCAUUUCUCCGUGACACUAAAUCUUUCAGAAAACAAAUGUUUUAUUUUUUUUUCUCCUCAAACACUGGAACACUUAAAGCUCUCAUUUUAUACCUGAUAAUUUGCAACUCGUUUCAACAUGCACUAAAAAUCUCUGCA